ACUGAAAUCUUUGGUAUAAUUGAUAGAUUUCCAGAAAACCAAAGAUUGGAUAUCAACAGGACUUUGAAAGUCAACGAAAGACCUAUCAUAAAGCAUAUGAUUCAUGAAAGACACUGUCAUCAGAGAGAGGAACAUCUCAAAGAAAACAGAGGAUCAAAUUGGAACGAUGUAGAAAAACGAAGGAAACAUGUAAAUGCGAGACAUAGUAAAUUACGUGAUUUUUUGAGAAAUUAUAUUGAUACUAUAGUAUCAAAAGAUCUUAGAACCAGAAAGCGAAUUUAUAAUAAUGACAGAUUUGCAGCCGAUGAAGAUAAAGCUCCUAUGAAUGUCCCAAAUUAG